UACGGUCUCCUCUCAUUCUCACUCUCAACUCUAUUCUCUCUCUCCUUCCUUCCCCUAUUAUUUUAUCUUGCUCAAACAUCAAUCUGGAAGCAAAGUCCCAUGUCUCUUUCCUCCCUCUCCUCUCGUCUCCAGUCUCCGUAGUCCAUAGCUCUCCUCUCUCCUCUCUCUGCUCUUGCAUUGCUCAUCUUCUUCCUGAAUCGUCGAACACAUCCCCUUGUCGUCCCUCCUCAUUCUUCAAGCUCCGUGCUUUCACUUGCUGCUGGUCCCAAAUGCUCCAUUCUCCAUUUCCAUUGCCCGACCACUGAAUCUUCCUCCAUUUUAUGGAUCUCGGGGCGGUGGGCUUUGGUGGGUGGGGGGUGGGUUCAGAUCCUGAGGCCAAACACAGACUGUACGGGCACGGGUCCCUCUUCAAGCAGGGCAGAGCAGCAUGCGACGGCCCCGAGGACGAUUUGAGGAGCUCCAAGGUCGCUAAAGCCGAGGACUUGCUGUCGGCCCCGAAGAAGGCCGGUAGGGACAGUGAUGGAGCUUCCCUGCUAUCUAAUGGCUCCUCCCCUGUUUUCUUCUCCGCCGGGAAUCAUCAUCAUCAUCAGCAGCAGCAGCAGCAGCAGCAGCACAUGCUCUGCUUCUCGUCUUCGAAAUCUGACGCCCCGUCUCCCCAUUUGAGCCACAGUUCUUCGUCCUUGUAUGGUGCAAACGUCAAUGGAGCUCUCUUCUCAAGAGGUCCAUUCACUCCAUCGCAGUAUAUGGAGCUAGAGCACCAAGCGCUGAUCUACAAGUAUAUCGUGUCGAAUGUGCCGGUUCCCUUGAACCUGCUCAUACCUAUCAAGAAAGCUUUUGACUCUGCCGUACUUGCUUGCCAUUCCAGCGGACUUUUCAGGCCCAACGCAUUGGGAUGGGGUUCUUUCCAUCUGGGGUUUUCUAGAAGCACCGAUCCCGAACCAGGAAGGUGCAGAAGGACUGAUGGAAAGAAGUGGCGGUGCUCAAAAGAAGCAGUUGCUGACCAAAAGUACUGUGAGAAGCACAUGAAUAGAGGCCGCCACCGUUCAAGAAAGCCUGUGGAAGGCCAAACAGGCCAUUCCGUCUCCGGAGCCACCACAACUGCCCCCUCAACUAACAUUCCAGCUGCAUCAGCAUUAGUGGGGCCCGGGAGCGGUGUAUCUAACAGCAUGACCCUUAACAGGAUGCUCAUGAAUGAGGGUAAUGUUGCCAAUAGAAUGAAAGAUCCGGGGGAUCUUUACUUGUUAUCUCCGGCUGUUGAGCUCAAAUCUAAAGAAAACUCGUUCUUGAUAUCCUCAAAGCAGCAAUUCCUAGAAAUGGAAUCACACCAUUCUGUUCAUCAGUUCAUGGACGACUGGCCCGAAAACCAUUCUGCUGAUCCCGCCAUAGCUGGGGCUGGACUCGACUUGCAGUCAGAUGGGACCCAGUUAUCAAUAGCGAUUCCCACAAUGUCUUCCCCAGAGAACAAGAAAUCCUCCUCAUUUUUCCAAUUCGGGUCACUACAGGAGAUGGACAAAGUAGAGAUGAUCGAUUUGGGAGUGGGAGUUGGCAAUAAACAGGCCUCCUAUUGGGUGCCCAUUUCGAGGGAGAAUUCGAUUGGCGGCCCCCUCGGCGAGGCUCUCAAGAGUACUAACAAUAGCUCAAUGGGCUGCAAGACCUUGUGGGUCAGCACUAGUCCUUCGCUCCAGUCGUCCCCAACUGGCGUUUUACAGAGGACGACCUUUGUUUCACUUUCCAACAGCAGCGCUGGAAGUAGCCCCAGAGCAGAUAACAGCAAGAACCUCGAAGAAGCUUAGAUUAGCAGGUUGGCCUUAUUGAUGACCUUUAGUGAUGGGGUUAAGCACGGCACUCACGUUUCAAUAGCCAUUCAGAUUGACCAACCUGUCCUGUUCUCUGCUGCCGGUGGGCUCUGCUCUGCUUUCGGGUUGUUGAAGAGUGAAGUUUGUGGGGCUAUGUUGCGUGGUCUAUGUAUUAUUUUUCGGGUUUGUAUUGAAGUACAUUUCCUGCUCAUAAGACUGUUAUUGUCAGCUUUGGCUUUUCCUUUUACUGUUCAUUUGCCUCUUUUCCUUUUCUCCAAAUUUGAUUGGUGUUCUUUACAUUAAUCAAAUGCAAAGAGGUGAAAAUUGCGACUUCAUUUA